CAUUGGUUGCUACCGGCAGCCACAACUCCCUAAUGAAACUCUACUCUGAGUGACUGUCAUCUUCCAGAGAAAGGCAAUCAGUCCUCCAGUCAUUCACUCAGAUCAACUUGCCAACUGGAUGUAAAAGAAGUUAAGGAUUCUGUAAAAGUUUGUUUUCCAUUAGAGACACCCAACACCCUUUCUCACAAGAGUGGAGCUUUCUGGAGAACACCACCAUGGUGAGGAACAUUGAUGAUUUUGAUUUUUGCCUUCCAUCUCAUCCUCAGUCCAUUCUGGAAGGCCUUCGGACCUUACGUUCUAAUCCAAAAUUCUCAGAUGUCACACUGAUUGUUGGGGGGCAUGAAUUUCUCUGCCAUCGCAGCAUCCUCGCUCUUUGUAGUCACUACUUCGAUGCUAUGUUUGCAGGUGACUUCAUAGAAAGUUUUUCAGCUCGUGUAGAGAUCAAAGAUGUGGAUCCUCUCAUUAUGGAAUCCUUGAUUGACUUUGCGUACACAGGGAAGGUAACCAUCAACCAGGGGAAUGUAGAGGCAUUAAUUCGAACAUCCAACCAGCUCCACUUUCCUAUUAUUCGUAAGGUCUGCAGUCGGUACUUGAGGCAGCAGAUGGAUGCAACCAACUGUUUGGGCAUUUGUGAGUUUGGGGAGAUACAUGGCUGUCCAGAAGUGUCAUCCAAGGCUUGGUCAUUUCUGCAGGAGAAUUUUGAGCUUGUGUCUCAACAGGAAGAGUUUUUGCAGCUGUCCAAAGAGAGGUUAAUUACCUACCUGUCCAACAAUCUACUCCAGGUACAAGAAGAGCAGAGUCUAGUUGAGGCUGUUCUGAGGUGGGUGAAGUAUGACAAAUCUACUAGAGCCAUUCAUCUUCCAGAGCUCCUUGACCUAGUGCAUCUGGUUUCACUGCCAGAUCAGUAUCUGCAGAACCUCUUGUCAUCAGAACAACUGAUUCAGGAAUCAGAAGCUUGCAAGACCAUCAUCACCAGACAUCGGAGCACGGUGGAGAACAGACCAUUUGUCCAGCAGAGGCUGAAAGCUCUUCCACAGAAGCUGGAGGAGGUGCUGGUGGUGGUGGGAGGCAGGGCUUUGGAAGAGAAUGAAGAAGAAGCACAACCACCUUCAAUUUCCAGGAACUUUGCAUUUUAUAACCCCAAAACCAAAAAAUGGAUUGCUUUGCCUGAUUUUCCAGAUUAUAAUAAAUGGGGCUUUUCUGUGAUUGCUCUGAAUAAUGAUGUUUAUGUCACAGGUGGCUCCAGAGGGUCACAGAAUGACACAUGGUCCACGACCCAGUCCUGGUGCUUCUCUCUCAAGAAGGGUGCCUGGAAGUCCAUGGCUCCAAUGCUAAAGGCCCGAACAAACCAUGUCAGCGCUGUCCUUAAUGGAGAGAUCUAUGCCAUCGGUGGCACCACAGUGGACGUUGUGGAGGUGGAGUGCUACGACCCAUACAAUGACAACUGGUGCUUUGUCAGCCCUGCCCUGAAGUAUGUCAGCAACUUUGCCGCUGCUGGGUGUCUUGGGAAGCUGUACCUUAUUGGCUCUUGUGCUGUCAAAUACAACGCCCUGACUCUGCAGUGUUACAACCCUGCUGUUGAUGUCUGGAGUGUAAUUGCAUCUCCUUUCAUCCCUAAGUACCUCUCUGCUCCCCGAUGUGCUUCAUUACAUGGAGUAAUCUACCUUGUUGGAGACAACACAAAGAAAGUUUACAUGUAUGAUCCAGAUGUUAACAUAUGGCAGAAGGUGCAGCAGCUUCAUACUUUGCAUGAAAACGGAGGAAUGGUACCUCUUGGAGGGAAACUUUUUGUCACAGGUGGCUAUUGGAAGGGUAUGGAUGGCGACUAUCAGGUGGAGAUGGAAAUAUAUGACUGUGCCAAAGACAUCUGGGCAAGGGAAGGGGCCAUGCCAUGCUUAUGGCUCUACCACAGCUCUGCUUCUAUCUUUAUGGAUACUUCAAAAUGGAGGGAACCUUUCGUGGGAAAUGGUUUGUGACCAGAGAGAAUGGAAUAAAGCUUCACUGCUCAUCUGUUUUUGCCAUACCUAUGGAUCAAGAAGAGACUUGUUUUUAUUGUCACAGUUUUACACUCUUUUUUUACCUUCACUUUCUUGUUCUGUCCUUUUAAUAAUUUAUUGUUUUCCACCACACUAACUAGCCCAUACCCCACAGGUGAUAGCUUGGUUCACAACAAUAAGUUAAAUGCACCAGGUCUGAGUAUGAAUGGACAGAUUAUAAAGCUGUCAAGAGGAGAGGAUUGAAAUGAAGACCUUACAACUGACAUAUCCUCAGAAACAAAAUGCAGUGUGAACACUACAUUGCUCAACAUAAGGCACUGAAACAUACAGUGCCAAUGAGACUGAGGAUUCAUAUUCCCUCCAACUUCUCCCUUUGUAAGAAUAAUAUGUGAACCAGGAAUGGAUAGAAUGUGCUGUGGAGGCCACUGCAGUUUUGAAAAUUGCUCACUGCAAGAUUAUGUUACCAAACAAAUGCUAUGAAUACAAAAUCCUCAUGUUGCUCAAGAAAUGUGAGAAAAAGAGCUUCACCGCUAGACUCAAUUAUUUGAAGUCCAUUGACCUCGUUGAGUAUGCUAGCUAUUGGCUAGUGUCUGGAAAGGAGUGAUGUUGCCCCAGAUCAGAACUAGAAGUUUGCUCAUUUGAGGUUUUAUUGGACUGGGUCUAGGAUUGUUUCUAAAUGUAAUGAAGUACAUUCCUGCUCAGCUCAGUCAUUUUGCAUAUUAUUUUUGCUAACUGUAGUUCUGAAACAGGGUCUGAUACAUGAAUAUCAACUUCUUCCUAUUGGUCACUAGAAUUAGUAUCUCUGAUCCAGUAGUCUGGGAAUAACUUCAUCUUAGUAUAAUAAAGUAUGUAGUCCUUUUUAAAUGUUACUGCCGCUGGUGCUGGCUCAGAUAACUGCACUGCUCAGAGCCUGUCCAGAUGGACAGAAGACAGGGAAAAAGCAUGCUCCUCAUGGAACCGAUGCUGUCAUUGUCUAGUCAGCAGGAAAAACACACAAAAAGAACAGCAUUGACCCAGAUACUUUUACUUCCAUCUGAACAAGCCCUUGGGGUCUUCUUAGGUUUUUGUAGGUUUUAAAUGUUGGACAAUCAUAAAUCCUUCCACCAUCAGGCUUGGUGUGUUUUAUACUGGGGUACGGAUCAUGUAGGCCUUCAGCUGUGAGUGCACCUAUAAGAUUCAGCCAGCAUGUUAGGGAACAUGAGAUUUGUAAGUCCCUGCCCCAUCCAUGAUAAAAGUCAUUGAAUUUGGGUAGGGGAUAAAUAUCUUCAAAACUAAUAGUUAAAUUACUGUUAUUCUUGGAAGAAGUUGUGUUCCUGGGAAGAAUACAACUUAUUGUUGAAACUAAACAUUAGAAUGGAUCAACUACAGGAAAUUGUGAGUUUACAUUUUAAAUACUCAUGCUGUAGCCAUUUGGAAAAAAAGGAAAUAUCAUCUUAAUCAUAAAUGUAUCAGAAAGUUACCUGCAUUCCUGUCUGACGAAAUGUGGUUCAAAUGUGAUUUGUCUGUGGCAAAGGUGAGGAAUUUUUGAUUGUCCAACAGUCCCUUGCCAUUAGCCACACAGGAUGGGGCUGAUGGCAGCUGAAGCCCAAAAGAUAAAGAUGGUAAAACAUUUUCCACCUGUUGUCUAAGAGGAUCAGAACCUGAACAAAUUGCUGUAGCAAGUCAGAGCAGCCAGAGAAACAGGCUUAGAGACAAGCAUUUGACUUUUUGAGAUGAAACAUAUUUACAAGAACAUAGCAGGGAUCAAAGCUGAACUGAUCAUAUUGCUUUAUUUAUUAGUUGCAUUUGUAUUCCAUCUUUCCUGCAGUGAGAUCAGCAUGACAUACUUGGCUGUCCUGUCUCUAUCCUCACAACUGCCCUGUGAGGCAGGCUGAGAGCCAGUGACUGUCUCAACAUCACCGAGUGAAUUUCAUGGCCAGUUGCAGAUUUGAACCAGGUCUCCUUUGACCACUAUACGAUGGUCCUUAGGAGAAAUCUACUGUAGAUAAGCAAAUUCUUCACAAUUAAUUAGUUGUGACUAAGUCUUAUGGAUGCAACUAACUCUAUCAGAUAAUGCCUUGUUAGCCUUUCAUUGUAAAUGGUAUCUUAUGAGUAGAUUAAUGCAUGAGUAGAUUAACUGCAAUUCAUCUGUAGCAUAUCAGUGGGUCAUAUGUGUAAAUGUACUGUAGUUAGAAACACAGUCAAAUCUCGCUUUUAUUGUCUGUGAUAUGAAUCAGCAUACAUGUCUCUAAGAACUGAUGUUGCUUUAGUCAACAGACAGUAAUUCAUUUAAUACACAAAUAUGAAUUUAUUUCAUUAAUUAUGUCUUCUACUAAUAAUUACUAUCCCUUGUACUAAGGCUGAUGAGGACAGUGAUCAGGUCUAGUAGCCUACCAGUUAUUAUUAAUCUUGAUUAAAAUAAUAAAAACAGGAAAGUUUAAUAACUGACCUUUUGAAAGCAUUUUUCUGUCAUGGUGUUAUUAAGGACACGAGUAGAAACAGUAGAAGAAUUGUAAAAAGAGGCUAUCAGAAUUCAGAAUGAGUAUGAUAAACUCAGUUGAAAACAGUCAGAUAAAGUGCAGUAAAUAUCUCUGUUAAACAUCCCUGUUCAUUUUGAUUUAGGAAAAUUUUUCCAGAUUGGAAGAGCUGAAAAUCUGCACUAACAAUGCCUUGCAUACAUUUUUAUACUGAGUUGUGAACUGCAACAAGCAUGUCACUGUGCCUUAUAAUUUCCCCCCAAGAAAACAAAUAAAUAAAAAUUAAUC